AUGACUCAUAGGCAUGCAAUGGAUGAAGAUUCGGUGACAGACAUGUCACUGCAAAGAUCCGAGUUCUCCGAAGAGGAACAUGAGUUUAAUCCAGCCACUGAAGUUCAUCCUCAAUUUAUCUCAACAACAUAUGAGAGAUCUCUGCGUGUGCUGCUUAAUGACUACAAUACAAGUCUCUCCUGGGAUAAUUUCAAAUUUUGUUUACUGGGCUAUAUCUUGGAUGAUAGAUCCUUCACGGAUGCGGACAUGCAAGCUUACAUGGCAGAGAACUGGCCCAUGUAUACCAGGAUCUUGCAUUAUGACCGAAAUUUCUUCAUUAUUAAGUUUGCAUCAAGGGCUGAUCUCCUCAUGGUCUUAGAUAAUGGCCCUUAUGUGGUUGAUGGGGGUCUUCUUAUCCUUCGCAGGAUGUAUGAUGACGAAGAUCUGGCAUUGGAUAGCCUUCAAAUUGAUAGGCUAAGUGUCUGGGUUCGCAUGCAUGGAGCCGCCAUCACAUCUUAUAAUUACCGUGGUGCUAGAGAUCUGACAAAGAAUUUGGGGGAUAUUGCAAUUAUCAAAGAGGACUGUGUCAAUCUCAAGAAAGCUACCUACAUCCCGGCAAAGAGGUGUCUUAUGGUGAAUGAUGCUGUUCUUUUCAAUUACUUGGAUAAUCACUUCAUGACUCGGGCCAUCAAAAAUGAUUCCCCAAUGCUCAUUGAUGCUCAGCGUCCAUUGUUUUCUAGUGCUAUGAGGGCAAAUGGGCAUAAGCAGAAACAGUCCUCCAGAAUCAUGGCUAAUAAGUACCUACAAAUACAUCACUUCUAUGAACAUGUGCCGGAGCAUUAUAUCCAAGAUGGCUUUCAAAUUAUAGAAGUGGAUGCACCCCAGCCGGAUGCAAUGUACCCUGCUAUGUUUCCUGAAGAUGAUGAUGAGGAGGAUGGGCAUAAUGAUCAAGACCAUGAAGACAAUCAUACUCAAGACACUACCAGACGGGCUGCUCCUACAGCACAAGAACCUUUAUCAGAUGAGUCUGACUCUGCAUCUUCUGGUACGUAUCAUUCUGUGCCUCUUGAUUCUACUAAUUCUAUUGGUCCUUAUUAUGGUCUGUCUAGUUCUUCGGACUCGGAGAUGUCAGAGUCUUUUCAGUCUGGGGAUGUUUCAGCACACUCCAACAUUGGUGCUGAAUUUGUUGUUUUAAGUAAUCUGAAUUUUGAAUCUGUUGGUGAUGUACCUGUAUCACGAAACCCGAUUUUUGAUGUGAUAGUGUCAAACUCUGAAUCUGUAACUAGUGAUAGUUGGCCUGCCAAUCUGCCUACUAGUGUUACUAUAUUAGAAGAGGAUGUUAUUUUACCAGCCUCAGAUUCUAGUUCUUUCUUAAGAUCUUUAAUGUACUACUCGGCCUCGGAGGAGAAUAAUGGAUUGCAGACUAGUGAGUCUUUGUCUGAGACGUUCUCCUAUAUUCCAACAACGGUCACCUCAGCAACCACCUUGUCUGUUAAGAGGAAGGGAGCAUGGAUGAUGUCAGCUCCAGAAUUGGAAUUUGAGAGUGACUCAGACUCAACUGAGGAGGCUCAUUCCUACCACAUAAAAGUUCGGAAUGUGGUCUCAGAUUCGGAGGUUGCCGUGGCAUUGGUCCGGAAGAAUAAGAGGAAGAAACAGAAGGCUAGAAGAAAGUCAAUGGGACCAUCUUACAGCUCAAUUUCACAGCCAUCCAGUUCUAAUCCUCAACCACCAAUUGAUCAUCCUUCUCCCGGUGGACUGGCACAGGAAGGACCUUGGAGAACGACAGUUGAGGAAGAGUUCCAGGAACCUGAGAAACGAUUGUUGUGUUCCAGAAAGAGGCCAUUGGAAUCACAGGAGAGUGGUUGGAUCAAUAACAAGAAAGUCAAGUAUGGGAUCAGAGACAUGACUUGUGUAUUGCAGGAGCGAGAGGAGGAGAUGCUGAAGUGUCUUGCACUAGAUAUUAUAAUACAUGAUCAGAAUGUAAUAGUAACGAGGAUAUGCGAAUCCUCAGGGCUUAGUUGGUUAGCUGUUUUCUUGUAUGGCCUUCCUAGUAGGCAGGGUCGUGCAGAGUUUUGGUCUAACUUAACCUCUAAUCUAAGCUCUUUUAAUUACCCUAUUGUGUUAUUAGAAGACUUUAAUCAGGUAGUUUCACAGGAGGAUAAAUGUGGUGGCAGAUUAGUUAGGGAUCAAGACACGGGCCCAGUGCGUCAGUUCCUGAUGAGGAACAAUUUGGACAAACUUCAACAUAUAGGUUGUUGGUACACCUGGUCCAACAACAGACAACAGGGAGAGAGGAUUUAUGAAAGACUGGAUCGUGCCUUUGUCAACAGACAAUGGUUAUCUGUGUUCCCCUCGGCUUCAAUCAGGAAUCUGCCUAUUAUGGUUUCGGAUCAUGCUCCAAUUUUGGUUCAGGUUAAGCACAAGCAGAAGAAAACCAGACCUCGUUUAAGGUUUGAACAAUUCUGGACAAACACACUCACUUUUACAGAUUUGGUUCAAUCUGCUUGGCGAAAUAAUAAUUUACAGAUCACUAACCUCCAAGAGAAAUUGUCCUUUAAGCUAAAGUCUAGUCUUAUAGGACUGUCUAAUUGGAGCAAAGAUACCUUUGGUAACCUUGACAAACUAGUCACAAGGUUAUCGGAUCAGCUGGCAAUACUACAAUCUCACUGGGAGGAGCACACUGAUGAUGAUACAUCAUUUCAUCUCCUUUCAAAGAAGAAAGAAGAAUUAGAGCAAGCAUUCCAAUAUCAACGGGAUUACUGGCAUCAACGCUCUAAACUGAUAUGGCCAAUACAAGGAGACAAGAACACAAAAUAG